AUGUACUUUUUCAAUUCGGUAGAUCGAAGCAAUCUCGGCAAUGCGAAGACAGACGGUAUCGAUAUCGACUUGCACUUCACAGGCAACCAGUAUUCACUGCUGCUACUGCUUUUCUACAUACCCAACGGCUUGUGCGAUCUACCUUUGAACAUGCUCACGAAACGCUUCUCCGGUCGCGUCAUGUUGCCUGCACUGAUGCUCGGUUGGGGAGCGAUGGCACUGGUUCAAUCCGCCGCAAAGAAUUUCGGUGGUCUUCUAGCUCUCAGAUUGGUUUUGGCAGUAUUCGAAGCUGGCUUCUUUGCUGGAGCCGUGUUCUAUCUUUCGCUCUUCUACGCACGUGGAGAGCUCGGAUUUCGAAUCGCCAUCUUUUUUGGAUCUGCUCUCCUCGCUUCGGCCUUUUCGGGCUUAAUCUCGUAUGGUGUGUUCCAGGUCCACAGCAGUCAUGUCCAGGGAUGGCAACUUUUAUUUGUUAUUGAGGGAUCUUUGACCUGUAUGGUGGCGCUUGUUGGAUUCUUCUGGUUACCAGCCACUCCGGAAUCUGCCUGGUUUCUUGACGACACGGAGAAGCUCGCAGCAAGGCUCCGUAUGCUUCGUGAUGGCUCAUCUGAAGUUGGAACCGAAUUCAAUCUCAAAGACUGUUUUCGGACAUGGAAUAACUGGAAGUUCGCCUUGUGGUGCAUAAUCUCGUUCACCUACUCCGUGGCGUUCACCACCACUGCAACUUUCUUGCCUCAGAUUGUUGCACGCUUGGGGUUUUCGGCUGUCAAGACCAACCUGUGGACGGUUGCACCUAAUAGUGUUGGCUUUGUUGUCUUAUUGUGCAUCACCAAAUCUUCAGACUACUUUCGUGAGAGAAGUUUGCACAUUGUUCUGGCUCUAUGCAUCUCACUCACGGGCCUGAUAAUCCUCACUGCUAUUGAUGUUGUGGACAACAAGGCGGUGGCAUACUUUGCAUGCUUUCUACUCUGCUCAGGUGCAUACAUUCCUUCUUGCUUGGUACACUCGUGGCACAACAACAAUAACGUCAAUGAGAGCUCUCGGGCAGCUACUACAGGCCUCUUAGUCGGUCUGGGCAAUCUGUCGGGUAUCCUGAGUACCGCCACAUUCCGAACAGAAUAUGCUCCUGCUUACAGACCAACGCUGAUCACGACAGCGGCUUGCAACGUGACAUGCAUUGCAUGCACUUUAUGGCUCGGUAUGUGGAUGAAGAUGGAAAACCGAAGAAGGAAUAAAGCUCACAGUCAGCGAGGAGGUGUGCAUAUGGCUGACACGAGUGAGAAUGUGCAUGGCGAAGACGAUCCGAGUUGGAGGUACUUCUCUUGA